GCGAGUGAGCGUGUGUCGGGGCUGGGUCUGGGGGCUUCCCCUCCAGGCAGAUUUGCAUGUACUUGACUUUUAAAGGAAGAGGGAACUGAGAGAAGCCCAGCCAUCUGGGUGGGAAGGAGAAGAGGUAGAAGCUGCCGGGCCCAGGCUGGCAGGUGCGCACACCAUGUACCCCUUCCCCGGCUGCCCGGACUCAACAGGGUACCUAGAGGAAGAUGACGGUGACGAUUAUGAGAACGCGACACCACCCUACAAGGACCUUCCUCCCAAGCCAGGGUACGUGGAGGAAGAUGACCGUGACGAUUAUGAGAACUCGACACCACCCUACAAGGACCUUCCUCCCAAGCCAGGCUGGCUUGCCCCGCCGAGGCCCCCGAGAACAGAAAAGCAAGCGGAGAAGCCCCGACUGCCCUGCAAGGCCCCGAGGACAGCAGGCCCGGACCUGCCCCCCGUCACCCGUGCGUCUCCUCAGCCAGGGGUCCACCUGGAGCCUCUUCCACCUCAGCGGUCUCUAGCUGCGACUCCCGUGCCCUGGCCGGGCCCGAGGCCUGCCCGUCCCGGGUGCUGCCAGGAGGUGAGGCUGGUGGUGCCCCUGUGCGUGCUGGUGGUGACAUCCCUGCUCCUGGGCUGCCUCGGGCUCGCCGUGACCCUGAUUAAGUACCAGGAGGUGGCGGAAGAGCUGAAGACGCUAGCCUUCCAGCACGCGGCGUGGCGGGCGAACGUGACCGGCAUGGCGGGGCUGGCGGGCCUGAAGAAGGACAUUGACCGCGCCAGAGCCGACACCAACCAGUCCCUGGCGGAACUUCGGGGCUUGUUAGACGGUCGCAGCAGAGUCACCUGUCCUGAAGGCUGGCUCCACUUCGAAGGCAAGUGCUACUACUUCUCCCCGGACACCAAGUCGUGGGAGGAAGCACGCAAGUUCUGCCAGGAGAACUACUCUCACCUGGUCAUCGUCAGCAGCUUCGCCGAGCAGAAUUUUGUGGCCAAGGCUAACGGCUUCCCACGGGUGUACUGGCUGGGGCUGCAUGACAGGAACAAAGAAGGGGACUGGAGGUGGCUGGACGGGUCACCCGUCACGCUAAGCUUUUGGGACCCUGAGGAGCCCAACAACAUGAACGAAGAGGACUGUGCCAGCAUGAACAGAGGCGGCGGCUGGAAUGAUCUCUCUUGCGAGAAAACUACGUACUGGAUUUGUGAGCGGAAGUGCUCCUGCUGAGUCCCAAGGCUGAGGCUGGGGGUCCGUGUCCGAGUGUCCCUCGCUCCUAGAGUCGGCACCCUCCUGCUGCCCUUUCCCGGAAGGCCCUGCCUCCUCACGACCUCGGGGUCCCCAAGCUCCGAUCAUGGCUCUUGGCAAGUGAUGAGCCCCCCUCACCCCCGCCCAGGGCUCCCUUACUGCCUGUCUCAGCGGACUGGCUUCUGGGAAGCAGAUGGGGCAGGACUGUUCGUGACAAGCAAUCCUCUUGGCAUCUUGGGCGACGUUUGCCCAAGCCGGGUGCCAAGCCCUGGCCCGUGGAACUUCUGGAAAGGUAUACCAGCUGAAAAGCAAGACCCCCCCACACACACACACAGCGUGGCCGGGCCAGCCCGUGACUUGGUCAGAUCCACAGGACGACGGUGGGGACGCCUGCCACAUUGCAUGCCCGUGGGCUGGCCGUGGGUUGUGACGAUCUUUGACGAUGUAAUUCGCUCUACUGCUGUGUGGACUUUCUUGGGCGACCGGCUCUCGCCAUGUUCGUGCUUCUCGAAAUGCCACCUCCUUGGGUGGCCCUUGCCCACUGGGGGUGACUUUGCUGGGGCUGCCACAACAGAGUCCCGCGUGGCUUAAACGGCAGAAAUUUAUCUUCUCCUAGUUCUGGAGGCUGGGUGUCUCAGACCAGGGUGUGGGUUGUUUUCUGCUGGGGCUUCCUCUCUCCUUGGCUCGUGGGCGAUCCUCUUCUGUGUGUCUCCACGUGUUCAUUCCCCUGUGUGUGUUUGUGGCCUCAUGUUCUAGUUCCUUCUUCUUCUAUUUUUUUUUUUUUUUUUU